UGUUCUUUAAAUGGAAAAGGUAUUCUAUUAUCAUGGUUAACCAGCAUUUGUAACAAAAUGUAUAUGUUUUAUGUGAGCUUUUUUCACAUGCCAUUUGACACCUCUUUUCUAGUGUGACUGCAAUAUGCUUAAUGGUGACUUCUCAAGAUACUUUUUUUUAUAUUUAAGCUGAAUAUUUAAAAUAGACAAUCAUAAAGAGAAUUUGACCUCUUUUCCUUUUGUUUACCUUGACAUAAUUUGCAUUCUUACUUAUACGACCUUAGUUGAAAUAGCUUCUUAAUUCUUGUUUCAACAACUAACCCGUAGUAACAACAUGAAAACGAGUUAUUUUUUUUGACAAGUUGAUUCAAAAAUUUUAGUCAUUGCAAUUCCUUCAUACUAAAUACGUGAAACACAUUAAUGUUGGAGUAUACAAUAAAGUGUGAAGCGUCUCACUUUGGUAAAAGCAUUUUAAACAAGAAAAGCAACAAAAAGAGGAGUAAAGUAAGUACCUUGGAAGAGUAACUAAAACACUGUUUUUACCCUCUCACACUUUGUUCCGAAAAAGAACCUCAGAUAUUAUCCAAAAAGUGAUGAGAAAAAUGAAUAAAGAAAACAGAACAUAUACAUUACUUCUUUUUAACUCCAAUUUUUCUGACUCCAUGCAAAAACUCAUGGAUGCAUGCUCAAGUUAAAUUUUCCUCUUUCCCCCUUUUAACUUAGUUCUUAUAUAUAUACCUACCUUAAGGUAGAAACACAAAAAAUAGAAAAAGGCAAAAACAAAGAGAAUAAAAAGUGAAGAUGUCUCCAUCUUAUUUAAUAUUUUUGAUCUCAAACUCAAUCUUUCUUUUGUCUUUAUUUUCAAUUACAAUUCAUGCUCAUCGUUGCAGUGAUGACUUCUGGUCUGAAGCCCUCAGCAGAAAUCUAACAUUAUGCAAGAGAUACGAACAUAGCAAUGGAGUUGAGUUUGCAUGGAAUCUCGAGAACAACACUCGAAUCCUCCAGGUAAUGGUGGGAGCUAUAUUAAAAAGUGAAACAGGAUGGCUAGCCUGGGGUUUGAACUUUGGACCAGAACCAAGAAUGGUGGGGACUCAAGCUCUUAUUGGUAUCAAGCAGACCAAUGGUUCAUUUCUUGGAGAAAAAUACAAUGUCACAAAAUAUAUCAAAAUAGAGUGCAAGUUGUUACCUUCUCCUAUUGAUUUGAAUUUAAGCAAAUUGAGGUUUAGUUCUCUGGAUCUUCAGUAUCACAUAAUAGAAGCCACUAUACAUCUUCCUCAAUCAGUUAAUGUUUCAAGAAUUAAUCAUGUUUGGCAAGUUGGAAAAGUUGCAGCAGGAAUGGAACCCAAGAUUCAUGAUAAAACUCUCCAUAACUAUGAUGGCACAGAGACCAUUGAUUUGAAGACUGGCAAAUGUCUAAGUAUUAGAGCUGCUAAACGUCAUCAUGCAAGAACUGCUCAUGGAAUACUUAACAUUAUUGGUUGGGGUGUAAUCCUGCCAAUUGGGGUGAUAAUAGCCAGGUACUUCAAAAAGGGACCAAUCCAAUGGAAUGAACAUGAUCAAUGGAAACAUGCUCAUAAGACAUGUCAAGCAUUUGGAUAUAUUAUUGGGGCAACUGGAUGGGGACUUGGACUCUGGCUUGGAAUUUCUUCCAAAUAUUACUCUUUUCCCAAACAUGGAGCUUUUGGCAUCUUCAUUUUCACAUUUGCCACCCUACAAACGCUGGCACUGAGAUUAAAACCCAAAAAGGACGAUGAACUUCACAUAUACUGGAGUAUAUACCAUCAUUCUCUAGGGUAUGCAUUACUCGCAGUGAUUUGUGUCAACAUUUUCAAAGGGAUAAAAAUAAUGCAAGAAGACGACACGUGGAGACCUGCCUACAUCGCUGUUAUUGCCUCUCUUACUUUCAUCUUCUUAGUCUUCGAAAUCAUCAAUUGGCUCCAAUUCAAAGUAGAACAAAAGAAAGAGAAAAAAGACGAUAUUCACCGACAAAUGAAAAUUGACACACAAGGGAAGUAAUUCUAGUAUUUCACGACGACUACUUUUUUGUAUCCAUGCUUUUUUUUUUUUGCUCUUUUACUUAGGUCAA